AACGUUUAAGUACACUUUUUUGGGCAUAUUUGGGCUGUUCCAAGAGAGUCCUGAUGCAUGUUUAGCGCUUUUUCGGUGUAUUUUAUUUUAUUUUUUAAAAAGCAUUCUCACAGUCGGACAUCCGGGCAUUAAUGACGUCACACGGCGCAACAAAGCGUCGCCAUAUUGAUGACGGGUCAAAACACGAGUCACAAGCAGUUGUUCUGUCGUGCAGUGUAGUACAAACGCGUCUUUUUUUCCGUCGGAAUGACUAAAUGUUGCUGUGUUGUGGGUUGUAAAUCAAGGAAGGAUUCGGAGCCGCAUUUGAAGUUCUUCAUUCUUCCUCGUGAGAAGAGAAGGAGAAGCAAAUGGCUGAAAGCAAUCAAUCGAGCAAAAGUAAAAGAAGACGGUUCCGUGGACCAUUCUCGCCUGUGGGAACCUAAAUCCAGGCACACUUACGUUUGCAGCAGACAUUUUAUUACUGGUGCUAAGGUCAACAUGGAGAACCACCCAGAUUAUGUACCCUCCAUCUUCAAGAAGAAAGAAGAUAAAUCCAGUACUGGCUCUGAGUGUAAGGUGGCACGAUUUGAGAGAGCAUCACGGAGAUCUACAACAGUUCUUGGCAGACGUCAGCCCUUGAAUCACCGUCAAAGAGCAUCCCUUAAAGCCUGCCCAUCUUUAACUUCAAAUGAAACAGAAUCAUCGCAUGCCAGUGUCGCUCCUCAAGAUGAAACUGAUUCAUCACCUGCUAGAGUCGCCAUAAAACUUGAAAAUUCUCAAGAUUGUAGUAGUGAGUCUGUGUCUCAGGAGUGUGAGAGCGGCACUGUGAGCCAAGAAAACCAGAAGAUCGUUGAAACAAAAAAUGACAUUUUUGAUCAAGAAAAGACGACGGUAGCUGAUGCGCCUAUGUCCAAGCCAUUGUCGAGCACUGAGCGAGCCCAGCUGUAUGAGGAAAUCCAGAAUUUGCGAGCAGAACGGGACGGUGCUCUUCAGCGAGUUGCUUACCUUGAAAAGCUCCUGAAAGAAACAAGUAUGUAUUCUGAGUCUGUGGAAGGAGAUGAUGAAAAAUGCCAAAUGAUGACAGGAAUCAACUGGACCACAUUCAUGAAAAUCUACAUGUUUUUAUGCCGGUUUGUGGGCAAGAAGAGCACAAACAAAUUAAGUAUACCACUGCAAGAGCAACUCUUCUUAACUUUGGUGAGACUGAGGCACAACUUGUCAUUUGAAUUAAUUGCAUUUUUGAAAGGAAUUCCCAAAACGACUGCUAUUGAUUAUUUCUGGCGCUGGAUAGACUUGCUGAAUGAAAACCUUGGUUUCAUGAUUAAAUGGCCUGACAGAGAAAACAUUCGUCACAUCAACCCAUCAAAUAGAUUUAGUGUUCUGAAAGGUACACUGUCAAAUCGUGUUAAGAGUUUGAAAGAUAAAGCGCUGGGCGAUACUUUGUCGAACGGCGAUAAGAUUUUGCGAGUGUGUGCCAUUUUGAGCAACGUGGGCUCCAGCAUUGUGUUUGAUGAACAUUAAGCUGAGAUCAUCUUGCAAAUCAUUGGGAUGCACACAUUUUUUUUCUCAAUAUUUUUAUUAGUUUGUUCAAAUGUAUUUUUAUAGUUUGGAAUCUGUUUUGACUGUUGCAGCAAAUGUGCUUUGAUUUGUAUUUUUUAAAUUUUUUUUUGUAAAUUUACAUGAAUAAAGGUUUUGAACAGUAAAUGACACCUACAUUGUUAUUAUUAUUUGUCUUAUUUGAAAUGGAACAUAAAACAAGAUAUGAUGUAAGUAUAGGUUUUAUUGCACAAAGAUGAAGCAGAACAAAAGUACAUUAAAAAAAAAAAAGUGCAAACACCAUAAAAAUAUUUACGGGUACAUGCUAUGUAAAUUUAAAAAAAUGCACAACAAGCUCGCUUUCUUUUACGGCAGUCUCAUUAUUAUAUGCUAUGGAACAUAAAACAACAUGAUAUAAUGUAAGUAUGGCGUUAUUUCAUUUUGACUAAAUUCUUGUGAUUUUGUCCAAAGUACGGCUUUUCGUUUGAAGUGUGAUAACAAAGUAAUUUCUGAUUUUCCCCCCCCCCUUUCAACCACUCAAAAAUGUUCAGUGGCAUCAGACCUAUCUACACAUAUAUAGUUUAUAUUUUCUUAAUGCCCUCUAUGGACCAUAAUAGCAGUAUUAUUCUAAUAGCAAAACUAACUAUUAGAGCCACGCUUGGUACUUAAGGGUAUUUAUUAUAUGGGUUUUACACUUUACCAACUUAGUUGUAUGGCUGCUCCAAACAAAGUUUCGUUGUGCUUUUUGCAACAAUGACGAUAAAUAUUCUGGAUCUGAAUCUGAGCUGGGAAUCUUUGAGCACCUAACGAUUCGAUUACGAUU